AAGUAUGGCAUUGUCAUUUGUUAAAUCCUUUAAGUAAGGAUUAGAUCAUACUCACAUUAUGUCUUUCUAUUCCAUUUCCUUUCAACCAUCCAGCUCUCUAUGCGAAAAUGUUCUUUGUUUUCCCUUCUGGCAUUUUUUCGUUACCCUAAUAUAACUAUCCUUUGUUGAUCAAGGAGGUGCAACUAGUCCAAGACCUUCUCUAAGGCCCCUAAAAUUGGAUGACUUUAUCCAAGCAAAAGCCAAGCUUCUCCACGGAGGAAACCACUUUCUCCUCCACGGAGGCGAUCUCCUCCUCCAAUCCGCAGGGGGGCUGAUUCACCGAGGCGUCGACCAAAGUCUCUCUAUGCUUUUGUUAUAGAGAGAAGUUGUUUAGAGGAUUUAAAUAUGCACAACUCAAAUGGCAGUUCAAUAAGCUACAACCACACUAAUGGAUGGAAAAGUCUUUCCGUGGCAUGUGUGCUCGUUUGUGUAGAGAUGCGCAUCAAAAACAGUUGUUGCGGUUUCAAAGACUUUUACAACAGCAGAAACAAUAUUGAAUGCUCGAACUCUGAGGCAGUGGAUUACAGCUUCUCUUGGGCCUCAAGCAGUUGCAAAACAUAUGGUGGCUGUCAACACAAAUCUAACGGUUUCGUUCCUCCCGAGCCGCCGAAGAGAUCUCCGACGAUCGCCGCCGGAGAGAUCUCCGGCGAUCACCACGGGAAUCGGAGAGGACGGGAGCCGCCGCGGAGCUUCAACGGCUGGUGCGAGCAGCGACCGACGCAGGCGCACCCACUCCCCCACCACGCGUCCAUCUCCUCGCCACUCUCUGCCACCGCACACCACGAGCACGGCGGCGGCGGCGGCAUCGGUGUCUGCGUCGCCGGUCCGCGUUGGGCUCGGCUUCGGGUUCAAGCAUUAGCUCCUCGGGGUCCUUGGAUGAUACCCCCAAUCUCGGGAUCUAUAGAUACAAGCCUGAUGUAAUUAAAGGAGAUAUGGAUUCAAUAAAAGACGAUGUGAAGGAGUUCUAUUCUAAUUUGGUAAGGAUGAGUGGUGCAAUUUCUACGUAGUAUUAGUAUUCAACAAUUCUUUAUUUUGGAUCUGGACUAUAUAAUCAAAUGUACUUAUUUUAGAUUGAAUCAUUUAGUUUGAAUUUGAAAACUAUUUGUCAUGUACUUAAAAAAUUG